AUGUGUGCAGAUCUAUUCAACACCCCCAUGGGAAUGGGAAAACUGGAUAACCUCGAGAAGUUUGACGCAGACUUCUUCGGCUGCAAUGAUGUGGAGCCCAACAAUAUGGACGCACAGAUGAGACUACUUCUGGAGCGGGUGUGGGAAGCCAUUUGGGACUCCGGCAACGACCCAGCAUACCUGAGCGGCACAAACACCGGCGUAUUCAUCGGCAACUGUUUCGAUGAGAUCCUAAACGCCCACUCCUCUGUCGGCACAAUCCCUCUCUACAAGCAAUACAUCGCGACUCAGAUCUCUCAUCGAUUCAAUCUGAGGGGUCCGUCGAUGGCUGUGGACACCGCCUGCGCCUCCAGCUUCUCCGGACUCAACGAAGCGCUCACUUAUAUGAGGCACGGCAUCAUCGACAAUGCCAUUGUCUGCGGCAUCAACUUAGGCCUCAACCCUCUCAUGCAGUUCCAGUUCUAUAAGCUUAAUAUGUUGUCACCGGACGGCCGGUGCAAGUGUUUGGACGAGUCGGCCAACGGCUACGCCAAGGGUGAGGCUGUGGUGGCCAUCAUUUUGCAGCGAAAACCUGCGGCCAAAAGGAUUUACGCGACACUAAUCCACACGAAGACCAAUAAUGACGGCUAUGAGGAGAUGGGCAUCACUUUCCCCACGUGGGAGUCGCAGAGGGACCUCAUGAUCGCCACCUAUAACGAGGCCGGCAUUAAUCCGCACGACGUCGAGUACGUAGAGGGCAUACAGAAGGGUCUGUUACAGCCGGUGUACAAGAACUGGCCGUUCACUGGCGUAUACGCCGGACUCAAUAACUUUGGUUUCGGUGGAUCUAAUAUUCACGUCAUUAUCAAGUGUCCAAAGAUUAAGCCGUCGAUUGACAACAACAAAGUUGUGGACAAAAUCCCGCGUUUAGUGAAUAUGUGCGGAAGGGAUGAAACUGGAGUCAACUAUUUCUUUGAGAAACUCUUGGAGACACCAAACAAAAUCACUCGCGAGUUGUUAGCAAUGGUUAACGACAUCUCAAAGACGGCACCGUUUAAGACAAACGCCGGCUAUAUGGGUAUGGGUUCCCGGGGGUAUAUACUGAUCGAUAGUAUGGAUAAACUAAAAGAAAUUAAAACCUUUAACGCGAAAGAAAUUAAGGAAAAGGAUAGAGAGGUUUGGUUUAUAUUGUCGGGAAUGGGAACCCAAUGGCAAGCGAUGGCCAAAAACUUGAUUCGUAUCGACGUCUUCGAGAAGUCAAUCCGAAACUUAUGCGAAAUAAUGAAGAAGUAUUCAAUUGAUUUGUGGGAUUUGCUCACUAAUGAUAAGCAAGACAUUAUGGGUUCGGUACUCAACUCUUUCAUAACUAUAGCCGCCAUUCAAAUCGCUUUAAUUGAUUUGCUGGAAGAACUCGGUGUGAAACCCGAUGGCAUUGUCGGCCACUCUAUUGGUGAACUCACCUGUGCUUACGCUGACAAAUGCCUGACAGCUGAGGAGACCAUUAUUAUGGCCUAUUGGAGGGGAAAGUGUAUUGAGAGUAACAAGUCAUGUGUCGGACGUAUGGCUGCUGUGGGUAUGGGUGCAAAAGAGGCCAAAACUAUAGUCCCGUCCAAUGUCUUCAUCGCUUGCGAUAAUUCCGACGAUUCUGUCACUGUUUCUGGAGAUAAUAGAGCCGUUGAAGACUUCGUUAAAUACCUGAAAGACAAGAGUAUAUUCGCCGCUAAUGUCGAGAGCUGUGGCAUACCUUUCCACUCACCGCUUAUGUAUCCAAUCGGCGAGCAGUUGACCGGACGGCUGAAGAAUGUAAUGCCGGAGACCAGGAAGAUGUCGACCAAAUGGGUCAGCGCUAACUUCAAUAACACAUCCAAAAGCCUUUCGUCCAACUAUUUCGUCGAUAACCUCUUAUAUCCGAUCCGUUUCAACGAAGCCAUCAAACAGAUCCCCGACAACGCCAUUGUCGUCGAAAUAGCGCCCCAUUCUCUCCUUCAGUCAAUAGUUAAGCGCAGUUUAGGUCCAAACAUAUCGUACGUACCGCUGAUGAAGAGAAACGAAAACAACUUAAACCUAUUGCUGUCGAGUGUCGGCACUCUAUAUACACUCGGUUUGAAUCCUCAGAUCGAGAAACUCUACCCUAAAGUCCAGUAUCCCGUCUCUAACGGCACUAAAUUCAUAUCACCGCUCAUUAAGUGGAUCCACGACAAGAACUAUGUGGUCACCACUUAUCCCGAGUUCUUCAGUGGCUGUCAGGCCAGUGCCACCCGAUCCACGAAAUGCAAUCUUUUGUGGAUCCACGACAAGAACUAUGUGGUCACCACUUAUCCCGAGUUCUUCAGUGGCUGUCAGGCCAGUGCCACCCGAUCCACGAAAUGCAAUCUUUUGGACAAAGAGGACCAGUACGUGACCGGCCACGUGAUCGACGGCCGAAACCUAUACCCGGGAACGGGAUAUCUGUUGCAGGUGUGGAAGCACUUGGCCGGCAGUAAUAACGCUGAGUUCGAUGAGGUGGCCGUCGAGUUCCGGGACGUGAUCUUCCAUCGGGCGACGAUUGUUCAGCACAACAAAGAGAUUGAGUUCAAGACUACCAUUGAUUUGUCAAAUGGAGACUUUGUUUUGUCCGAAAGCAAUGCAGUGGUGGUCACCGGAAACAUCCAGGUCUUGAAUAAGGGUCUCGAAUAUCAGUACUAUUUGGAGGAGAACUCAUACAAAAUCAGUAAAUCUGAGAAUUUGGUGCUUCAAAAGCAAGACAUCUAUACCGGACUCCGGCUCCGGGGCUACGAUUACGGACAGACCUUUCAAUGCGUGUCCGAAGCCUAUGUCGAGGACAGGAAGGUUAAGGCUCUCGUCGAUUGGACCGACAAUUGGGUGGCGUUUACGGAUAAUAUGAUACAAAUUAUGAUCGUUGGCGUCGACACUAAAGGCCUGUUUAUUCCGGUGCGACUCGAUAUGAUCCGAUUUGAUCCCAAACUACUCUUAUCAGAGGUCGAGUCAGUGGGUGAUAAUCCAAGAAUUGAGGCCAUUUUCGAUUACGAUACCAGAAUAGGUGUGGCAAAGGGUCUGGAGUACAGGGGACUGAAAACAAAUCUAAUUUCACGGAACUUGAAUCUGAAUAAAGUGGUGCAGGGUCACUAUAGCUUUGAGGCUUACGACGGGCCGGUAACCUUUGAGGGCCAGGCGUUGACUGAAUACAGAGCCGUUUGCGACAAAUUGGCCGAAAGUGUGCACAAAAAGUUUGAAAUGUUGAGAGGUGUCGGCAAAAAUGCUAACAUUAUUAGCACUAAGACAGAGAAAGUGGACAAAGCGUUGAAAGGGAAAGACAGAUAUUUGUAUCCAUUUUUACUGGACUUACAGAAUGCUAACAAAUAUGAUCUGGAUGCGAUUAAAGAAAACAAAUACUUUGAAGACUUGGACGACGAUUUGAUGUUGAGUUCGUUGUAUAACAAAUGGCUAAUCGACGUACAGAUUAUGACCGUUUAUGACAAUAAAAAGCCUGGUGAAUUGAGUGUCUUAGAGUUGAAUGAUAGUUACGAGCCAAUUCAGCCCAGUGUUGUCCAUAGUUUAGAUCCUCACGAGUACUACGUUAAGCUCGUGUACAAUACGGCCUCCCGUUCCCCGACCGAUACUAAAGUCACUGAAUGGCCAGCCAGUGACUCGACAGUGCCGUUGAGUUUCAAAGACUUGGAUCUAAUUGUCUACAAGAAUGACAACAACUCAUCUAUUAAUUUGAGUGAUUUAUGUCAGUCAGCCUGGGAUUCACUCAAAGAUUACGCCUUCUUCGAGAUUGUCUUCAGAGAUAAGUUCACGUCGAGUGAGAAAUUGAUCCGUUAUUUACUGGACAGGAAGUCACAGACAAUGGAUGGAAAGCAGAUUAAAUCUGAGGCCGAAAAGUGUGGCUUUACUUACAUCUCGUGGAAUCGGAACCAAUUCGGAGCCAAUGCUAUGCUCUUCAGAAAAAUGACCACAAAUAUAGAGCUCGACAAACAAGUAAUCAUUGAAGUGGACAACAAUUACAACAAUUGGUUGUCUAAAGUACAGGAAGAGAUGAAAUCAGUGCACAAUAAGCCCGACGGAGAGAACAUUUGGCUCAUCGCUAACAACACCUCGAAGAAUGGUAUCUUAGGUCUGAUCUAUAGCUUGAGGCGAGAGGUGAAUGGUAUGCGAAUCAAAAGUAUUUUCAAUUACGACGGCAUUAAUGAUAAGUUUCUGGACAACCGGAACCUAUUGAGCGAGAUCAUCAAAAAGGAUUUGGUGUACAACGUGUUCAAAGACAAUCGUUGGGGCUUUUAUAAGGCUAACUUCAGAUCACUGCAGAAGACAGUGAUGGCUGAACACUGUUUCCUCAACAACAGCAAUAAGGGAGACCUUUCGAGCCUCAAGUGGUUUGAGUGUCAGCACAAGCUAUGGCCCAUCGGUCGCAAAGACGAGCAAAUGUUAUGCAAAAUAUACUAUUCGGCCCUUAAUUUCAGAGAUAUUAUGUUAGCCUCCGGCCGACUACCAGCCGAUGCCCUCCCGGGAGAUAUGGCACUUCACGACUGCAUUCUGGGACUCGAGUUCUCGGGUCGGGACGAGAAUGGGAAUCGUGUGAUGGGAAUGAUUCCGUCCAAAGCGUUGGCCACCACUUGUAUUGUGGACGACCCGGACUUCUUGUGGCCCAUACCUGACAACUGGACUAUGGAGGAGGCCUCGACUGUUCCCUGUGUUUACUCAACCGCUUAUUAUUCACUCAUAAUUAGAGGUAAUCUGAAGAAAGGAGAGAAAGUACUGAUCCAUUCGGGUAGUGGUGGUGUGGGACAGGCGGCCAUUAAUAUAUGUCUGAGUAUGGACUGCGAGGUCUUUAUUACUGUCGGAUCGGACGCCAAACGAGAGUAUCUCAAGAAGAAGUUCCCGAAACUAACUGACCGUCAAUUCUCUUCGUCCCGAGACUUGAGUUUCAAGACUCACGUAAUGAACGCAACGCAGGGAAAGGGAGUAGAUUUGGUGCUCAACUCCCUGUCCGACGACAAACUAAAGGCUAGCGUUGAAUGUCUAGCUCACAACGGAAGGUUCCUCGAGAUUGGAAAGUAUGAUAUGUCUGUCAACAGCAGAUUAGAUAUGAGUGAAAUGAUUAAAAACAAGUCAUUUCAUGGCAUCCUUUUGGACGCGUUGUUCACAACCGAUGAAAACACACCGAAAUCUGUGCUGAAGGACAGGAAACGCAUUUGGGAACUGAUCGACGCCGGCAUCAAAUCGGGAACCGUUAAGCCAUUGGACAGCAGUAUAUUCAGUGUCGACGAGAGCGAAGAGGCCUUUCGUUUUAUGUCUUCGGGGAAACACAUGGGAAAAGUGGUCAUUAAGAUCAGGGAUGAGGAACCGGAGGGUCAGAGGAUGUCAACGAAACCACUGCUUAUCGAAGCGAUUCCGAGGACUGUAUUCAAUGCCAACAAAGUCUAUAUAGUUAGCGGCGGUUUAGGAGGUUUCGGGUUAGAGCUCAUCGACUGGAUGUGCGAAAGAGGUGCCCAAAAGUUUUUGGUCACCUCAAGAAGUGGUCUAAAGGACUCGUACCAGAAAUCAAAGAUCAAACGCUUGCAAACGAGAAUGGGCGCCGACAUCCACAUCGUUACGGAUCUGGACCUGACAUCACCCAAAGAAGCGACACAACUGUUUAACAUUGCCUCACAAUUGGGUCCAAUCGGCGGUCUCUUUCAUCUGUCGCUUGUGUUGGCCGACACUAUCUUUGAGAAUCAGUCGGAAGAAACGUUUAAAAUUGUUUGCCACUCGAAGUCGGAUCAGUUCACCAUUUUGGACAUCAUUUCCCGGAAGUACUGCCCGGACAUCGACUACUUCGUCGCCUUCUCGUCCGGCGUGACCUCACGUGGAAAUGUAGGCCAAACCAACUACGGCUUCAGCAACUCAAUUAUGGACAGAGUGUGUGACGUGCGUAAGGCUGACGGCUAUAACGCCCUCUCCAUCCAGUGGGGAGUCAUUGGGGAUGUAGGGGUUGUCGUGAAAAGCACCGGACGGGACGACAUCGUCAUCAUCGGAACGGUAGCCCAGCGUAUGCCGUCGUGUCUGCAAACAAUGGACACGCUGUUGCAGUCGGACCAUCCCGUGUGUAUGUCUUUCGUGAAGUGUGAGCCCAAACUGGAGUCGAGUGGAGGCAAAGAGAACUUCAUGAAGAAGUUGGCGCACAUUCUCGGUAUGGAUGACAUCAAGAAAGUCGACCCCAACACCAAACUCCUGAAGCUGGGUAUGGACUCACUUAUGGCGGUCGAGGUGCAGCUGUCCAUCGAAAGGGAGUUCGGAACUGUUCUCACGGCACAGGAGAUCCGCGAGCUCUCCAUCGCUAGAGUUCUCGAGAUCGGAACCAAUUCGGAGGCCAAAUGAGACCAAC